AUGUUCGCUAACGCCUCUCAUAUCAGCACCGGAAGGAACGCCUUUUGCUCGACAGCCUUUCUCUCCCAUCAGACGGAGGUAGAACAAGUUAGCAAUUUUGCUUGUGCGGCAGAUGCCAGCGAGGACUGGUAUUAUGGCUUCACAGCAAUCUCACCACUUGAGGAUGAGACGACUUCGACUUCCACAACCUCGUCAACCUCUACCGAAGCCAGCUCAAGCGAUGGCCCUGCCACUACCCAGCCUUCCACCAGCACAGAAUCGCUGUCACAGACCUCAACAACAAAUGUCAGCCGCAGAUGCCAAUGCGCAGGCCACAAGCGGAAACACCACCAUCAGUACGGCGCCAUCGUAGGUGGCGCAGUCGGCGGUCCGGUCAUCCUAUGCGGCUCCGCCAUCGCUAUCAUCUGGCUCAUACGCCGGAGCAAGAUGGCGGACGCCGCCAAGUCAUCAUCAUAUGGCUCGUCGAUCACUGGCACGUAUCCUCAGUUCAAACCGUAG